AUGACGGACCUCGCGGUCGGCCAGACCAUUCGCACCGGCGAUGGCAAGGUCGGCAUCGUCCGUUUUGUCGGUGGCACCGCCUUUGCCCCGGGCGAAUGGGUCGGCGUCGAGCUCGACGACGACACCGGGAAGAACGACGGCAGCGUCCAGGGCGAGCGGUACUUCGACUGCGAGAUGGGCCACGGCAUCUUCGUGCGGCCCACGACCAUCGCGGUGCUGGCCCAGCCGGCCGCACAGCCCAAGCCGGCGGCGGCGGCGGCGGCGGCGGCGGCGCCCAUCAGGAAAGCAGGGUCGCGGCCGAGCAGCAUGUUCACUGGCGGCACGGCCAAGGGGACCGGCGCUGAUCCCGGGCUGCCCAAGAGGAUGAGCUUGAAUGCUCCUAGCCCGAGCCCGGUGCCGAGGACUUCCCGACCUUCAAGCAUUGCACGGUCACCUACCAAGUCUCCGACGAAACAGCUUGGGACCGCCUCAUCCAGCGCGUCGAACUCGCGGACGGCAACCCCUUCGAAUGCCCGAGUAUCAUCGAUAGGCGCUAAGACCCGCCCGCCUGUCGGAGGAGCUACAAGGACGUCUAUGGGACCUCCCCCGCCGCCGGGUGCGAGGACUACUCGCCAAUCUUCAGUCUCCUCGGCAACGUCGAGGACAGCAACUACGGCCCCUGCACGGACGCUGAGCGGUCGGCUGUCCACGGCAGCAGGGCCCCGCCUUGGAGUUCGCCCGCCCGGCAGCCGCAAUAUCUCCGGGGACUCUCAGUCCGGCUCGGAGAGGACCAGUCGCGGCCGGAUUACCUCUCCACAGAAGAGCGACGAGGAUGACCUGUCGCCUUCGUCAAGGAGCCCGGUCCGCACAAGGACUGCGGCCCUGGAGAAGCUGACCUCUGCCUCCCCACGCGAUUCUCCCCGAGCCAGAGUCGCCGCUGCAGCCGCCACUUCACGAUCGUCGCCAUCCACUGCCACCAACAAUGCAGCUCAUCGUGAGAUCGAAGACCUCAAGACCAAACUCAAGGUGCUAGAGAGAAAGAGGCUCGAAGACCGAGACAAGAUCAAGCAGUUGGACAAGGUCCAGGCAGAACGUGACAAGUUCGAGACUAUCAUCCAAAAGAUCCAGACCAAACUGCAGCCGCAGCAGCAAGAGAACGCCGAACUCAGGAAACAGCUCAAGGAGGCAGAGAGCCGGCUCGAGUCAGUAGAGUCUAUCCAGGCCGAGCAUGACACCGCCAUGGAGCUUGCUACGCUCGACAGGGAGAUGGCUGAGGAACAGGCCGAGGUCUACAAAGUCGAACUUGAGGCACUGAAGGAGAAGGCUGAAGAGCUCGAGCUAGAAGUCGAGAUUCUGCGCGAGGAGAAUUCGGAAUACUCUAAGGGCAUGUCUCCUGAAGAGCGUGCCAGCACCGGAUGGUUGCAAAUGGAGAGAAAUAAUGAACGCCUCCGCGAGGCACUGUUGCGCCUCCGUGACAUUACCCAGCAACAAGAGGAGGAGCUGAAGGAUCAAAUCAAGGGCCUCGAGGAAGACCUGCGGGAGUUUUCCUUGGUCAAGGAGCAGUUCGAGAGCUGCAAAGACAAGCUGAGCCAAUCCGAGGCUGCAGUGGAAGAUCUCCGCCAGCAGCUGGACACCGCCUUGGGCGCCGAGGACAUGAUCGAGGAUCUGACGGAGCGCAACAUGAGCAUGGCCGAGCAGAUCGAGGAGUUGAAGGCCGUGGUUGAAGACCUAGAGAGCCUCAAGGAGAUCAACGACGAGCUCGAGAUUAACCAUGUUCAGAAUGAGAAGGAACUGCAGGAGGAGAUUGACUUCAAGGAGGCUGUCAUCACGGAGCAGGCCCGCCGGGCUGUGCAGCAAGAGGAGACUAUUGAUGACAUGGAAUACACCCUUUCGCGAUUCCGCGAGCUCGUGACCAACCUCCAGACCGACCUGGAGGACAUGCGCGCAUCGCAUGCUGUGACCGAGUCCGAGUCUGAGCAGCUCAACAGCAAGUCUCGCGCCAUGAUGGAUCUGAAUAUGAAGCUCCAGAUCUCAGCGGCCAAGGCGCAGGCUAAGACUAUCGACCUGGAGCUUCGGCGCUUGGAGGCCCAAGAAGCCGAGCAGCAUCUGGAGAUCGUCAAGCUGUUCUUGCCCGAGACAUACCAGACCGACCGAGACUCUGUCCUGGCUCUCCUGCGGUUCAGACGCCUGGCAUUCAAGGCCAAUCUGCUCAACAGCUUCAUCAAGGAGCGGGUCAACGGCCAGCCGCACCCCGGACACGAGGACGACACGUUUGCCGGCUGUGAUGCCAUUGACAAGCUCACGUGGGUGUCGGCGAUGUGCGACCGCUUCGUCAAUGCUAUUAGUCACUGCUCCAUUGAACAAUUUGCCAAAUAUGAGGGGGCUCUGUACGAGCUAGAGCCAGUUGAGCGUGCCCUCAAUGGAUGGAUCGAUGGCCUGAGACGAGACGAGCUCAAGGAGCAACAGUGUGCUAGCGAGCUGCAGCGUUCUGUUGCCCUCAUGUCCCACCUCGGUGAAGUGCACAUCUCCAACGAUCUGGAGAGCUUCGCAGAUGACGUGCACAUGAGGUGCUUGCUUAUGCAAAGCCAUCUCGAGUCUGCCGCUACCACUUUCCAUGCUACAAGAGCCAUGGUACAGCGGGUCGUGCCUCCUGCUGGUGACGACGACGAGCUCGCUCAGUACUUUGCCAGGAAAUCCGAGGCUGUUAUCACGCAAACUCGCAGCACAAAGGUUAUUGCCGGCAAAAUGGUCAGGGCUCUGGAGGACCUCAAACUGCGUUCCCUGUCCCUCACCCCUGACACUCUCGAAGCCUUUGAGCAGGCUGAAGAUGCGACUCAGGAAAUUGCUGACCUGGCACGCAAGAUCGGUCUCGACCUACACCAACUGCUUCACGAAGAGGGACGAACUGAGCCUUACACAUACACCGAGAUCCAGACGUCGGCGCAGAAGACGGCCAUGAACGCAGUCGGCAACUCCGAGUCUGACUUGUUUGCUACUUAUCUCUCCAAACUGAGAGCUGUAACUAGCCAAAUCGCCGACCUGGCUGCCCUGUCCACCGAUCUGACCCAGACCCAAGAGUUUGAGCGACCACAAGCACCCUGGAUCCUCCGCAGCCAGGAGCUCAAGGCCCUCAAGACCAUCCCUGUCGAUGCCGAGGAGGAGCUCCGCCACCUCAAGGAGGAGUACAACGAGGCACGCCGGGCUAUCGCCCUCCGCGACGAGACCCUGGGCACCGCUCAGCUCAAGAUCGAGACGCUCGAGUCCCGGAUGCGCGACGCCAACGCCAAGGUCUCGCGCAUCGCCGACCUCGAGGCCUUCAUCGAGCGCGAGAAGGCCUCGGUCGCGGGCCUCAAAGAGGACAUCGAGAAGCAGGACCGCGAGCUCAAGUCCCUCGAGGCCGACCGCGACAAGUGGAAGAAGAUCGCCGGCGACUCGCGGAUCCUCGCCGGCUCGAGCGACGGCGGACCGGGCGGCGCGGCGGGCUCCAAGGCCGGGCAGGAGCGCGCCGUGGCCACGGCGCGCGAGAUGGACGCGCUGGGCGACGAGAUCGCCGGCCUGCAGGCCGCGGUGCGGUACCUGCGCGAGGACAACCGCCGCGCGCGCGUCGCGGAGCAGCGCCACUACGACUGGCUCGCCGAGCCGCUGCGCCGCCCGGCCCCCCUGGCCGAGCAGCGCCGGCGGCUCGUCGCGGCCGAGGGCAAGGACGCGCUGGCCGAGCUCUGU